CACUCCGUCUGCAACAGGGAGUAAUACUAAUAGUCACGGGGCCGUUAGUGGGUACCUUAGUCCAUGUUUGGAUAUUUCUGUCCCUGACCCACAAUCUACGAGAAGGCGUUAGUGUUAGAACAAAUCAGAGACUCAGUUUGACAGCGAGACAAUUAUUCUACGGUUGUGGUUGGUAUUUUACGGGAGGUAUUUGGUGUCCGCGGGCGUUGUUGUAACCAACUGUGAAUAUUUAGCGGUGCCGGGCGGUACAAGGGACAGGUGAGGCUACACGGACAGGUGACACAGGUGACUUGUUUCUCCUAAGAAUACUUCAAGAACACCGUGUGAAGAUGUGGCAGACAUUGUUUCUUGGAUUCGCGAUUCUCCUGGAUACGGGAGUAAGGUCACAGCCUAGCCCAUAUACAGGUUAUACGGCGGGACCAGCCACACCAACAAGUUACUACUUCACCUGUGACAACCUCCAGCAGAUUGAGUUCUCUCUGAGGUGUAACGGGAUCACAGAUUGUACAGACGGAAGUGACGAGCUCUACUGUACAGGCUCCUCUACAAUGGUCAUCGCCACACCGUCGCCCAGCAGUAGCAGAAUCCGUCUGGUCGGAGGUUCCAGUUCAAACGAAGGCCGUGUGGAAGUCCGGCCGGCCGACAGUUCCGUCUGGGGCACCGUCUGUGACGACUAUUUCGACUCUAUGGAUGCAAACGUCAUCUGUAGAAUGCUGGGCUACCCUGGUUCUCAGACAUUCUAUAUUGAUGCCCAUUUUGGACAAGGGACAGGACCAAUCUACAUGGAUGAUCUAGGUUGUAUCGGGGUCGAGACCAGCGUGUUUGACUGCUCUUACCGGGGAUGGGGGAGUCAUAACUGUGGUCAUCACCAAGAUGCAAGCGUCGCCUGUCUCACCAGUACCACAAUGAGCCCCUAUACACUGCCGACCAUCGCCACACCGUUGCCCAGUAGUAGCAGAAUCCGUCUGGUCGGAGGUUCCAGUUCAAACGAAGGCCGUGUGGAAGUCCGGCCGCCCGACAGUUUCGUCUGGGGCACCGUCUGUGACGACCUUUUCGACUCUCUGGAUGCAAACGUCAUCUGUAGAAUGCUGGGCUACCCUGGUUCUCAGACAUUUUAUACUGAUGCCCGUUUUGGACAAGGGACAGGACCAAUCUACCUGGAUGAUCUAGGUUGUACUGGGGUCGAGACUAGCGUGUUUGACUGCUCGCACCUGGGAUGGGGGGAUCACAAUUGUGGCCAUCACGAAGAUGCAAGCGUCGUCUGCCUCACCAGUACCAUGAUGAGUUACACAGCAGGCACAAUACCAGGUAGCUACUUCACCUGCUACAAUGGCUAUCAGCAGAUUGACUGGUACUUGAGGUGUAACGGCUUCACGGACUGUACUGACGGAAGUGACGAGAUGUACUGUACACCAGCAGGCUCCUCUAUAACGACCAUGGCCACACCAUUCUCCAGUAGCAGAAUCCGUCUGGUCGGAGGUUCCAGUUCAAACGAAGGCCGUGUGGAGGUCCGGCCGGCCGACAGUUUCGCCUGGGGCACCGUCUGUGACGACAGUUUUGGAUCCUCUGACGCAAACGUCAUCUGUAGAAUGCUGGGCUACACGGGAUAUCAUACAGUUUAUAUUCGUGCCCAUUUCGGAGAAGGAACAGGACCAAUCUACAUGGAUGACCUAAGUUGUAACGGGUUCGAGACUAGCGUGUUUGACUGUCGGUACAGUGGAUGGGGGAAUCACAACUGCGGUCACGGCGAGGAUGCAGGAGUUGUUUGCCUGACAAGUACCAUCAUGAGUUAUACGACCGCGGCAAGGGGUACCCAUUUCAGAUGUCUCGAUCUUCAGCGAAUUGACUUCUCGCUGAGGUGUAACGGGAUUGCAGACUGCGCAGACGGAAGCGACGAGAUUAACUGCAUAGACAGCGACAGGAACAGAAUUCGGCUCGUUGGAGGCUCUGCUGCAAACGAAGGCCGCCUGGAGGUUCGACAGUCUGACAAUGACGACUGGGGAACCGUCUGUGACGACGGGUUUGACACCAAUGACGCCACUGUUGCCUGCAGGAUGCUGGGCUACAGAACGGCUCUUCGUGUGUACCGGAAUGCACACUUUGGCCAAGGUUCCGGAAACAUUAAUCUGGACGACGUUGAAUGCACCGGAGGCGAGACGAGUCUGUUUAACUGUCGCCAUAGCGGAUGGGGAAACCACAAUUGUGGCCAUGGCGAGGAUGUAGGGAUCGCCUGUGAUCCCUCCUGGUCAUGUGACAACGGUAAUGUGAUCCAAACGCCCGAGAAUCCGUUUUGCGACGGCGGGUCGAACUGCACAGACAGCAGUGACGAGUCACCGACAAGGUGUCCUUAUGAGGAAAUGGUCAGUACGUGCGGUACAACGAAGAUGCUGUCUCGGGCUGAAUCUGGAUACAUCACCUACAGUAUCAGGUCUGGCUACCCCAGAUACAGUCGGUGCCUAGUCGUCUUCCAGACGGAACCAGGCCACGUCAUCCGUUUAGGUCCUUGGUACCUGGAAGCGAUGUCAUCACGGUGUUCCGACUCGAUCUACGUGUGUGAUGGGAACGUUAACUCGUGUGGCCAGGGAAACAGCAACGUGCAGUACUGUAACGGUCUUCAGCUCCAGACCUUCCAGUCCAGCGACAAUAGCCUGACAGUCAACCUCGAGGCGGAUGCAUACAGCAACUCUGAGGAGAAUUUCAAGAUAUUUUAUACGAUUAUACCAGCAGAUAAUUCAGCAACUGGCGUCGACCGAGACAGGAUUCGGCUGGUUGCAGGUCCUUAUCCGAACGAGGGUCGUGUUGAGGUCCGGCCAGAAGGGUCGUACGACUGGGGGACGGUUUGUGACGACGGGUUUGACCUUCAAGACGCUACGGUUGUCUGUAGGAUGCUGGGAUACGCAAGUGCCACACAAUACCACGAUGGGGCGCGUUUCGGCGAAGGAGACGGAAACAUCUACAUGGACGAUCUUCGGUGCUCCGGGACAGAGACUAGCCUGUUUGACUGCGCGUACGCCGGAUGGGGAAUCAACAACUGUGGUCAUGGCGAGGACGUUGGUGUAAGCUGUGCUGCCGGAUCCAUUGGCCCGGACAGCAGUAGAAUCCGCCUGAGUGGAGGCGGCAACCAAGGCCGUGUGGAGGUCAGGCCGGCCGACAGUUACGACUGGGGAACGGUCUGCGACGAUCAGUUCGACCUCGACGAUGGUAACGUCGUGUGUAGAAUGCUGGGAUAUUCCGGGGCGUCAGCGGUGCGCAACUCAGCGUAUUUUGGAGAAGGCACGGGACCUAUCUACAUGGAUGACCUUGAGUGCGAUGGGACUGAGACCAGCAUAUUCCACUGCACGUACAACGGGUGGGGGAACGAGAACUGUGGUCACAGCGAGGAUGCAGGGGUUGUGUGUGGUGGGUAA